AUGUCGUUCGGCGGCGGAAACUUCUCGUUUGGUGGUGCCUCUGGCAACAACAAUACAAACAACGCUGCAGGCAGCACCGCUAAAACGCCAUUCUCCUUUGGAGGUGCGUCUACCACGACCGGUGGCUCACUGUUUGGCUCUCCAGCAGGCACAGGCACCAACACUGCUUCUAACUCGACGCCAGCUUCCAGCGCGGGACUUUUUGGAUCGAGCAACACCAACUCAUCUACCUCCGGUGGUAGUGGCUUCUCCUUUGGAAGUGCAGCAGCAAAACCAGCUGCAGGUGGAUUCUCUUUUGGCACCGCUGCUUCCUCCUCCACGCCAUCUUCGUCAACACCUGCACCUUCCACGGGUGGAUUCAACUUUGGUGGUGCAGCAGCAGCAAACAAAGCAACUGCCAAUGCGACCGCUUCUCCAGCACCUGCCUCCUCUGCCUCUACCGGCACCUUCUCUUUUGGCAACAACAACAACACCACCAAUAAUACGACAGCAGCCAAGCCAGCAGGCAGCGCAACGUUCUCAUUUGGUGGCAGCUCGACUCCCGCUGCUGCUGGUGCAACCUCGUCCACUCCUUCGGCAGCUGGAGCUGGUGGAGCUGGUGGAAGCGGUGGAGGCGGCUUGAGCGGAUUUGGAUCGUUCACGCUCGGUGGUGCCAGCACCAACACCUCUUCUACGACGCCAGCAUCUACCAGUGGUUCGGGCUCGGCGGCGCCAGCCGCGGGAGCCUCCCUGUUUGGCGGUGGCGGUGCAUCCAAGCCGGCAUUCGGCGGCUUCUCGUUUGGCACAGCACCCGCAGCUACUUCUUCCACUUCCACAUCCACAUCCACAUCCACUCCAAGCGCUGCGCCUGCCUCCACGGGGGCUGGAUUCACGUUCGGCAAUGCUUCAGCCAGUUCUGCGCCAGCUGCUUCUGGUACUGCCGCUGCUACUCAAGCCAAGCCUGCACUUGGAGGCCUAUCUUUUGGUACUAGCACACCAGCAACAAGCGCCACAACACCGGCUGCUUCGGAUGCCGAGGCUAAGUCUGCUGCUGCUGCAGCUCCUGCUGCACCAGCGGGUACCGGUGGAUUCUCGUUCGGUAAGCCGGCCGCAUCCGCAUCCGCCGCUGCACCUACUGCUACUGCUACUGCUGCUACUACUGCUCCGUCGACUUCGACUUCAACGAAUGCGCCCACCGCUGCUCCAGCUACAGGCGGCUUCUCCUUCGGCAAGGCGGCAACGAAUACGACUGCUGCUCCAGCUGCGUCUGGCGCACCCACCGCUGCUUCGAGUCAAGCCGCAGCGAAACCCGCGGGCGGAUUUUCGUUUGGAUCCGCGGCUGCUACUGCCUCCCAGCCUGCGUCUUGCUCGACCAACGGCGCUGCACAAACCACUAGUGGUGUGGCUUCUGGCGUGGCUGUGCCUCGAAACGGCGCUGCACCCGCCAUCGGCGCGGUGGCUACGCCCUCGCUAUUACGCGGUAAAUCAAUGGACGAAAUCCUGAAUCGUUGGUCGGUAUCGCUCGACUCUUCGAUCAAGGAAUUCUCUCGUCAAGCUGCCGAAGUAGCGGCAUGGGACAAGGUGCUGCUAAAAGGUGGAGAUGAAAUCUCGGCGCUUGUCAGCGCGCUUGGCGCGGCCGAAGAAAAACAGGCUGGGAUCGAGCGUACGCUGGACUACCUGGAAUCAUCGCAGUCGGACCUGACGUCUUUGGUGACAGACUACGAGGCGCAGAUCGAAUCGCUGCUGCCGGGCUUGACAAGCCAGAUCAACCUGACGAGCGCGGAUGUCGAGAGGGAACGCGCAUUCAGUCUGGCUGAAACGCUCAAUGGACAGUUGGACGAUGUGUCCAAGAACCUCAGUGCUAUGAUCGGUGAGCUGAACAGCGUGAAUGCCAACGCAGCUGGAUCAAGUGGCGAUAGAGAGAAGGACGAGUCGCUCGAUCGCGAUGGAAGCAUCGCCCACAUUGUCGCCAUCCUCAACGCGCACCUCGGCAGCCUCAAGUGGAUCGACCAGAGUGCAGGUGCGUUGAGAGCAAAGCUCGACGGCUUAAGGAGAGGUCAGUUGUAA